GUCUCCCUCCUACACUUCGACCACUUCUCCUUCUCCUUAUUCUCAUUUCUCAUUUCUUUUUCAUUUUGAUUUAUCGACAAGAAAAGAACCCAAAACAAACUGAUUACGCUUUUAAUCUGAAUAAAAUUUUGAUUUAUCUUUCUUUUUUCUGGGGAAAGGGAAAAAAGAAGAAGAGAAGUUGAAGCGGUUCGUUUCAGAAUCAUGGUGAAACUAGCCUCAGCAAGAGAGAGUCGAACGUACGGUCCAAGGCUGGCUCAGAGCAGGGCCGAGUACAUGAACGCAGGGCUAUAUUUGUUUUCAACCAUUGUGUUAAUUUGUGGUUUUGCAGCAGAGUUUUCAAGGGAACCCAGAUCGGGUCUUGUUCUAAUGCUUAUUGCAUUGGGUCUUAUAAUUUUGGUUAACAUCCAUGACCUUUUGGCUCAUCUCGCCGGCAUCGAUUAUCGUUUCACUUUGAUGGGUUUCGAUCCCCAGCUUGCUCUCGUUGAAUUCUCUGUUCCACUGGUUCAAAUCUUAGGCUCACUGCUUCUCUUUCUGGGAAUUCUCUUCCUCUUCAUUCAGGCGGAGAAAGGGUACGGGUUUUUUAAACUGGAGAGGCAUGCUUUGGGAAUGCUUGUUGCUGGACCGGUUUUAUGGGUUGUUGGGUCGAUUCAUAACUCGUGUCAAAUCUAUGAGAGAGCCGAUGCACAUGUUCAAAUCUUGCAACAGAGUGUCCACAUCCCGUUUUUAAUAGGCAGUGUAUUGUUCAUGGUGGGAGCUAUUCUCAACGGCCGCGAGCAAACUGGAGUUAUUCAUCAUGGUUUGCAAUUACUGGGAAAAAGAUGGGUGUGGUUAGGGAUAUGUGGGAGCGUAAUGUUUAUGAUAGGGGGGUUGACGAAUGUGGUAAAGGUGUUCAAGAUGCAGCAAAUGAACGGGAUUAGGCUUGAGAAAUUGCGUGGCGGAGCACAAAACGGGUUGAUUGAAGGCAGGGAAGGGCAGGUGCCGCUCAUUAGUGACGACGACCUGCGGAGGAAAAUGGAAGUUGAUGAGGUCAAAGCCGCCACUGCUGCCACGCCCACGCCUUACAAGGAUGUGCUUCUUGCUCGGACUUGAAUUUGAAUUUUACACAUACAUAUAUAUAUAAUUAAUUCAGAAUUAGUGAUCAGCUCCUUAAUCAGUCGCUAAAUAAAAUAUUAUUCAUUUCUUGUAGACGUUAUUGCGAAUCUCAUCUUUCAAGCUAUUUUCCCACAGAAAA